CAAAUGAAAAAUUGACAUAAAACGUCGGAGGAAGAGAGAGGGAGAGAAAACAAGCUUGGCUAUAUGGACCCGAGUAGAGGGCACAUUGAAAUUGUCACUGACAUUUCAUAGUGAAAAUUCAUGAAAGUCACAGUGAAUAUUCACCGAGUGAAAAUUCAUGAAAUUUCACGAUUAAAUCCGACCAUUCCCGAAGAUUCACGAUGUGAUAUUCACCACCGAAAUUCACCAUCACCUCUUUCGCGCGGUGCGUCCAUUUUGGUAUUUCUCGCGCUUCAGUGUGUGAAAUUGUGAUUCGAUUCCAUUCGAUAAUGAAGCCCCGUGGAAGAGUUUGGGGACAUUUUACAUCUGAAGGGGGCACCAAGAAGCAGAAGUGUUUUUUCUGCGACUGGUGUAUCACCGAAAAUGCCUUUCGUAUGAAAGAACACUUGCUGCUGAGGUGCCCCAACGUACCUCCAGAGGUGAAACAAGCUUUUGAUGAAGAUACAAAAGCGUCACCGAAAUCUGGAGGUGCGACAAGCAAAAAAUCCCCGGCGGAAAAGCAGCAGGCGUCGGCAAGGGUGGUUAUUUCCGAGGAACAAAAGAUUAAAGAUGGGCGACCGAGACACUUACAUCGAGUCCCCAUCUUACAGUAUAAUUUCCUCGUUUUCUGGAUCAAAAAAGAGCAAGGAAACAAAGAUGGAAGCACAGGAGCGGAGUGGCGAGACAAAGCAGAGCUAGAGCAAACACUAGCAGAAAGUUAAGAUAGAUUCUUCUAGUAUUGCUCCUGUGGCUUCUUCCAUCCAUAUCGCUCCUUGGAAAUUACAAGGGGCCAACUAAUUUUCGGCCAUUUUUCAGGAGACAGCAUAAAAGAUUCAACUUUGUGUAAAUAAGUAUCUCAAUUUAAUGAUUGAACAAAAACAAUUUAUUUCUUUUCUAUUUGUAUGAGCACUAAUAUAAACAUCGAAACUUUUAUAUUUUUAUCUUUCAAAAUUUGUUUUUUAAUGUGCUAGCUCCUUGUCGUUCUAAAUGAUGCACAAUUUUUUUUUUUUUUUGAAAUUAGAAUGACAAGGAAUCAACUUGCUUGAGUUAGUCCCCUGUUUCACAAAAAUUUGAACGAUGAAUAUAUUUUGUGCAUCUUUACUUCAAACAAAAAUUAAAAUUUUGAAAAACUUUUCUAAUAACGAAAUUUAAUGACUUAUAUCAUCUGAAAAUUUAUUAAAUUGUCUUUCUAAGUGCAUUAGAAUCUCAAAAUCGCAAAAAAGUGAGUUGACCCCUUGUAAUUUCCAAGGAGUUAUAUGAAUGAAGGGGUCCCGGUCAAAAUCCCGAUCGCCAAAAUACCGAAAGCAAAAAUCCCGAACGCCAAAAUCCCGAAAGCCAAAAUCCCGAAUGAGCCAUAAUCCCGAAAGCCAAAAUCCCGAUUAAAUUAAAAGUGUCACAGCUACUCCCACGAUUGUACCCGGGCUUACUGGGGGCAAAGGGAAGUCUUCUGUGUCUUAAGAAAUUAUUAUGCAAAAACAUUAAAAAAAAAAAGUGUUUUGAAUCCAAAACUCUUCCACAAUUGAGUGAACUUCCUCCGCUGGAAAAUUUAUUCUCACCCAGUAACAAUAGGGAAGAUAAACUAGAUAAAGUAAUAGAAGUAUUGAAGACCUUGGUAGAACAAGUGAGCAAAAUGAGUGCUGCACACGAAAAACUGGUGAAUAUGCACAAGAGUGAUAAUCAUCGUAAUCACCGAUAAAAUAAAAAUGCCCAUUGAAUCAAUGGGACAGCUGAGGGAUUUGCAGGACUUUAUUUGGUGAAGCCCAAUCUGACAAAAUAAUAAAAACAUUCAAGAAAUUCAAAACCAGUUAAAAAUAACCUGUCUCUAUCGGGAUUAUCAAGAUUAUUUUCACGCAAUGUUGAGCAAGAUGAACCUAAAAGGUUCACACAAGAAAAAAAUGCGAUUGAAGAAAAACUGUCUUUGUACAAUAUAUUGUUCAAGGCUUGGAAUUUCUAAACAGAGACAGAUUUUGCAUCAUCUUUAUGAGAGUAAUUUCGGUUAGCGCAUGUGCGCAUCAUGACUAGGGUGAAUGGGGCACUUUGAAACUGGGGUACAUUUGAAAUUGGAAUUUUUCACCUAUUUAUAAAUAAAGUUGAGCCUUAUAGCUAGUUUAUAUAAUUCAGCUGCACACACAGAUUGAGAAGCUAAAUUACAUUAUGACAUGGCUCAAUUACAUUUAAAAAUAGGUGAAAAAUCCCAAUUUCAAAUGUACCCCAGUUUCAAAGGUACCCCACUUCUCCCUACCGAAAAAAACGGCUAAACUGAAGGACAAGGCGGGCCUGGAAAUAAAGCAAUAAAGCAAGCAUCUGCGUCCAAAAGAUCAAAGGACAAAUCAUAAUAAUCGUCAAUAUCACCACCAGGAGAAUGAUGAAGAGAACAAAAAUAAAAUAAUGUUUUUUGUUAAUGGAUUAUGAACUUUUUGAGAGAACGAACUAUCCUAUCUGAAUUCCAUGAAUAUGAACUCAAUAAAUAAGCAUUAGUUUG